CACAUCCACAUGGAAUCCACUCCAGAUCCAUGUUUUCUAUUACGCUUGAAUAUAUGGGACAUGCAUCGCGAGCGAUCCUAUGCCUGCCACCGUGCUGCAGUGUGCCUGUUUUGCAGAGCGCUGUGGCAGCUUGUUCCAAGCUGUGGCUGAUCAGAGCUGUGGCCACUCACUCUGUAGUCCUGGCCUCCUUCAUUUGCAGCGAGAUUGAAGUGGCUCAGUGUGCACAGCUCCCUGUCUACUAAGGAGCACCUGGCGCUUUGCAUUUGGAUGCUGCAAACCGUGCAGCAGGACUCUUGCCUUGGGAUCACUGUAGUGGGAUCCUAACUUCCCAUUCUCAAAGGACAUGUGUAGAAGGUCGGGCCUGACCCAUGGAACUGAGACUGACUAAGCUCAAAGGGAACUUUCAUGGACUGACUCUGUUCAAAGAGUCUCAGUGUACCCUCUGCGGGGAGCCAGAAGAGGAAGAAGGAGGAGACUUGGCCCAGCCGGGCCUCAGCUUUACUGGGCCAGCAGAAGAGGACCUAGACCAGCAGUACUCAUGGUCUCCAACACAGCACUUCAAUGAGGAAAGGUACUCACCUGCACCCAGGAACAUGAAAGGGUUAUCAGGAAGCAGGAAUCAGCCUCAGAUAUGUGCUGGCCAUACAUGUGGCCUGUCACCUCCUGAUGAUUGCGAGCACCCCCAUGACCAUGUACACCAUGGGCCAGAUGUACGGCAGCCCUACCUGCUCAGCCCGGCUGAGAGCUGCCCAAUGGACCACCACCGCUGCUCCCCCAGGAGCUCUGUCCACUCGGAGUGCAUGAUGAUGCCUGUAAUGCUGGGCGACCACGUGUCCAGUAGCACCUUCCCCAGGAUGCAUUACAGCUCGCACUAUGACACGAGGGAUGACUGUGCCAUGUCUCAUGCCAGUACGAAAGUGAACCGCAUCCCUGCCAACCUUCUGGACCAGUUUGAGAAGCAGCUUCCCCUACACCGGGACGGUUUCCACACGCUGCAGUACCAGAGGGCCUCAGCUGCCACUGAGCAGCGUAGCGAGAGCCCGGGCAGAAUCCGACACCUGGUCCACUCUGUCCAGAAGCUCUUCACCAAGUCACACUCUUUGGAAGGUUCUUCCAAGAGUAAUGUCAAUGGGACCAAGGGUGACAGUCGAGUGGAUGACCACCACAAUAGCCACCACUCUAAACACAGCAAAAGGAGUAAAAGCAAGGAACGGAAGCCGGAGAGCAAGCAUAAGUCUGGCAUGAGCAGCUGGUGGAGCUCUGAUGACAACCUGGACAGUGACAGUACAUACCGGACACCCAGCGUGGUUAACCGGCACCACGUGGACCACAUCUCCCACUGCUACCCAGAGGCGCUGCAGAGCCCCUUUGGGGACCUCUCACUGAAGACUUCCAAAAGCAACAAUGAUGUCAAGUGUUCAGCCUGUGAGAGCUUGGCCCUAACACCCGAUGCUAAGUACAUGAAGCGCAGCUCCUGGUCCACGCUCACAGUGAGCCAGGCCAAGGAGGCCUACCGCAAGAGCUCCCUGAACUUGGACAAGCCUCUGGUCCACCCAGAAAUCAAACCUUCCUUGCGGCCAUGCCACUACCUCCAGGUACCUCAGGAUGAAUGGGCCGCAUACCCCAUGGGUGGCAAAGAAGAGGAGAUACCCUGCCGCAGGAUGAGAAGUGGCAGCUACAUCAAAGCCAUGGGUGAUGAAGAAAGUGGAGAAUCAGACUCUAGCCCCAAAACAUCCCCGAAGAUGGCCAUCCGGCCAGAGCCCCUGCUGAAGUCCAUUGUUCAGAGACCUCUCGGAGACCACCAAACCCAGAGCUACCUGCAAGCUGCCAGUGAGGUGCCUGUCGGUCACAGCCUGGACCCGUCGGCCAACUACAACUCCCCGAAGUUCCGGUCCAGGAACCAGAGCUACAUGCGGGCUGUGAGCACCCUGAGCCAGGCCAGCUGUGUGAGCCAGAUGAGUGAAGCAGAAAUCAAUGGGCAGUUUGAGUCGGUGUGUGAAUCUGUCUUUAGUGAAGUUGAAUCUCAGGCCAUGGAUGCCCUUGACCUUCCUGGAUGUUUCCGAACAAGGAGUCAUAGUUACCUUCGAGCCAUCCAAGCUGGUUACUCUCAAGACGAUGAAUGUAUCCCCACGAUGACGCCCUCUAACAUGACCUCUACCAUCAGGUCCACAGCAGCUGUCUCUUACCCAAAUUACAAGAAGACACCCCCACCGGUGCCUCCACGGACCACCUCCAAACCUCUGAUCUCAGUGACAGCCCAGAGUAGCACUGAGUCCACACAGGAUGCCUACCAGGACAGUCGUGCCCAGAGGAUGUCCCCAUGGCCCCAGGAUGGCCGUGGCCUCUACAACUCCACGGACAGUCUGGACAGCAACAAGGCCAUGAAUCUGGCUCUAGAAACAGCCGCUGCCCAACGCCAUGCUGCAGACAGCCAAAGUGGCCCAACACGGACCAGCGACAAGUCAAUCCUGGUGUCCAAGGCUGAGGAGCUCCUUAAGAGCCGCUGUUCCUCCAUUGGGGUCCAGGAUUCUGAAUUCCCAGAACAUCAGCCCUACCCAAGGUCAGAUGUGGAGACAGCCACAGAUUCUGACACGGAGAGCCGGGGUCUACGGGAGUACCACUCUGUUGGUGUGCAAGUAGAAGACGGAAAGCGGCAUGGGCGUUUCAAACGCUCAAACAGCGUCACAGCUGCCGUGCAGGCUGACCUGGAGCUGGAGGGCUUCCCGGGGCACAUCACCAUGGAGGACAAGGGCCUGCAGUUUGGAUCCUCCUUUCAGCGGCAUUCAGAGCCCAGUACUCCAACCCAAUAUGGGGCACUGAGGACUGUGAGGACACAGGGCCUCUUCAGUUAUAGGGAGGACUACAGGACGCAGGUGGACACCUCCACCCUGCCCCCACCUGACCCCUGGCUGGAGCCAUCCCUGGACACAGUGGAAACUGGGAGGAUGUCUCCAUGCCGCAGGGAUGGCUCAUGGUUUCUGAAAUUGCUGCACACAGAGACAAAGAGGAUGGAAGGCUGGUGCAAAGAGAUGGAGAGAGAAGCUGAGGAGAAUGAUCUUUUGGAAGAAAUUCUUGGCAAGAUCAGGAGUGCUGUAGGGAGUGCCCAGCUGCUCAUGUCCCAGAAGUUCCAGCAGUUUUAUUGGCUCUGCCAGCAGAACAUGGACCCCAGUGCCAUGCCAAGACCAACAUCACAAGAUCUAGCUGGCUACUGGGACAUGUUGCAGCUGUCGGUUGAAGAUGUCAGCAUGAAGUUCGAUGAACUACACCAACUGAAGCUCAAUGACUGGAAGAUAAUAGAGUCACCUGAAAGAAAGGUACUGCCUAAGGGAGAAGACACGGGUGAGGUCUGUGUGUUCCCCAAUAGCUGGCUAUCUGCUGAGGAAGUAAGAGCUCUCCAGAUGUCAGGGGAAGAGAGGAAGGUCCCCCCUCCAAUACCAAAGAAGCCCCCCAAAGGGAAAUUUCCCAUCACAAGGGAAAAAUCCCUGGACCUGCCCGACCGACAGCGCCAAGAAGCCAGGCGUAGGCUCCUGGCUGCCAAGCGAGCUGCCUCCUUCCGCCAGAACUCUGCCACGGAGCGGGCGGACAGCAUCGAGAUCUACAUCCCCGAGGCACAGACGCGGCUCUGAGGGCAGGAGGCCUUUGGCGCCUGGUUUUGUUCUUUUUCACAAAAUGCUUGUACAGUUUAUUGCCUACCUGGUAGCUUCUGUCUCGCCCCUCCACCAGAAUUGCCCUGCUGUGUGUUCUCUGCACUGAGGACAGCGGAUGCUCUGAUGCCUCCACUGGCUGAGCUCAUGGCAAGAAGGACUUUUCGCGGAUGUAGGCUCUCAUGGACAGGUGUGGUGAGCCCUGACUUACCUCCUUGUUCUCAGAGGACCACCGAGCAGCCUCCUGAGAUGGAACCCAGCUUACACUUUGUUAUUUAUAUUUUUAUAAAUUGUGUGAUAACUAGAGGUCAGUAUAAAAAUGACUACAAAUGGGUGCAUCUCACCACUCCCUUGAGAGGCAUCAGACACCCCAAGUGGAAGGUGCUACAACUUGAAGGCCAGCAAAGACAGGCAGACCCAUUCCCCUAACCUUUGGUUUCUUCUCCCCAGCCCAGCUGCCCACCACCCCUGUUGUCCUUACCCUCCCCAUCACCAUGGAAAUUAGAUUCCUCAUGGUGAUGGAAGAGAGGGUCUCUCCAUACUCCCCCACUAUGUCAUUGUUUUCCAAAAAGAAAAACAAAGAGGAGAUGCAAGGCUGAACUCCCCCCCCACACACACACAAACAAACAAACAAAAAUCCAGCAUAGCAUCUUCUCAUUCAAAAGAAAGAUAAAUGUCCCCACAAGGGAAAGAGAUGAACGGGAGCCUCAAAAGGCUGAGAGUCUAAAGAGAAAAUUGUCAUGAAACAAUCAUUGUAUUUUUAUCCCUUUGUGACUUAAAACAUUACACAUAACAUUUUCUUUAAAUUUCACUGCUUAAGAUAUAUGUGAUUUUUUUAUGUGUUGUAUACAUUCUCAAACUGCUAUCAGUUGACUUGCCAGGGUAUCCUUAAAAAAAAGUUUGCUUGUUUAAAAAUGAUAGUUGUGAUGCUAUAAAAAUUAUAAGAAAUAUGAAUGUGAGUGGUAAGUAUAUCUCAGUUAAAAUGGUAAAGAAGAAAAAGUAGUUUGCACUUGUAUUUUUCCAGAAUUCUCUUGUCCUAUGCAGUAUUGCUGAAGUUAAGACUGUAGUUCUUGCCUGUGUUAGACAUAAAAGGGAAAAAAGGUCACACACGGUGAUUUCCAGCUGUGGAAUUUAUGAAAAGUAAUUAGUGUUCAUGACUCUGAAGGGCACAGAGAAAGGAAAGAUCAGCUCCGAUUAAGAGGCUUUGGUGUAAAUUACAUUUACACGCAGUGAUCACUGUUCUGUGUGGCUGCCCAGACACCCGCACGGAGCUGUCAGGUUGCCCAUGGGUCCUGACCUCAGAGUUUUGUAUUCCUCAAGUACAGGCAGGGUUCUACCCCAUGCCAGGUCUUCCUUCUUGCUGCUUUAAGGAGCACCGUGUGCUUAGCCAUAGGCAGAAAGCUUCCUACAGCCCUGUAGCACUUUGUCCUCUCCCUGUGAUUCGCACUUUAAACUGUCCCUGGCCCUCUGCAGCCUGAUGGUGUCUCUACAUGGGUGCCCCAGCGAGGGCAGCCACGCAGCUGGGGCAUUGUUAGGACUACAGUGGCCUUUUCCUCAUGGUCCACACAUUCCACUACGCAUGGGGGGCGCGGGGCACGGUUGAUAUCACAGCAUGUCAAGCUUCAAAGUUUUACUUUUUUAAAGCCGAGUAGUUAAGAAUUCCCUGUAAGAAGAAAACCCUGUAAAUUGAGCCUCAUAUAUGGUAUAUAUUUUACCAAACAGCCUUAAAAUAUAUUUGGAAGCAAAAAUCAUACGAAUGUAUAUCCUUGAAAAAUGCAAAAAAAAAAUCCCUGAAAUAUUCUUCUAUAACUUAACCUUAUUUCCCCAGAGUGUUCAAAGCAUUUUUUUCUACCUAAAUAAAUAUGUAAAGCCUGACUAGUGUACAAUAAUGAUGCUUCCUCCUAUACUACACUGUGUUAAAAAGCAAGUGUAUUUGUAAGCAUUUGAGACUUUGAUGUAUCAUUUAAGAGGAAUGAGUAUUUAAAAGUAACCACAGAGAAGCCGGGCAUGGUGGCGCACGCCUUUAAUCCCAGCAGUCGGGUGGCAGAGGUAGGAGGAUUGCCGCGAGUUCGAGGCCAACCUGAGACUCCAUAGUGAAUUCCAGGUCAGCCUGUGCUAGAGUGAGACCCUACCUCGAAAAAACAGACAAAAAAAAAGUAGCCACAGACAAACAGAAUUGGCAUACAACCCUAGAUAAAGCAAAUAGAGAAUACAUAUGGCCCCUCAGCCUGCUCACACACAUCUCUUGGCAGCUGAUGCAUUGUAUUUCAUUUCCUCUAACUUACACAAAAUACAUGAAGUAAACUGUAGUAUUAGACAAUUAUUAUUUGUCUUAGAUCACAGAUUCUAUGAACCCAACUUGAACAACGUAUUAGCUGGAUUUGGGUUGUUUAUGUUUCGUGAACUCAUUUUUCAUCUGACAGUCCUCAAAAACUCUUGGCAUAGCUGAGCAAAUUAGCCUGCCCUGAGUUGCACAGUGGCCCUGAUCUAAAGUGAAGAAUGUGCCCCUGUCUGUUUCCCUAGUUCCAAAGAUGAGUCAAUGGCAGACCAAACUCCUGCUCUCAGUCUGAUGGAGUGUUAACUUGUCUUGUGUUCCCUCAUAAGUGCAAUGCCUUCAGUUGUCCUGCAGGUGGCACGCUGUUGAAGAAUGAGAAGAUAAGCCAUGUUUACACAUCAUCCAUGCAAAGAAAAACGACAUUGUUCAUGGCAUGUGUGCCACUCCCUCAAGCCUGUUCAGUUUCUUUCAUAAGGUUCAUGCUGUCGAACUCUUGUGGUUCUCUCAUCGCAUCUAAAAUGUAAUUUUAAUGAAAGACUGAGGAGAUCUUACAGUGUGGUUGAAAAUAAAUGCGCACAGCUCAGAGAACAUUGUUGUGAAAGUCAGUGGUCUGUGUAACUGCACACCUGUGCUCCUAAAGAAGCUGCCAGCAACCAAAGAGAGGGGAGCUGCCACCAUUCAGAAUUUCUCCUUCACACCAUCAAGCUGGUGUGGACAUUGUUGUGCUGAGCUUUGGUUGACGCCUGGAAGAGAAAGAAGCCCAACAUGCAAGACAAGGAAGGGAGAGGUAGCUGGUGAACAAGAGAGUGUUUUCCCUCAGCACCACCCAUGUUGCUGUAAUGUGUGAUGGGAAGCCAGAUGUGACUAGAAUGAUUGCCACCAUAUUUAUUUUAUCAUCAUCCCAGAAUGAUAAAGAGAGUAUGCAACUAUUGUAUACCAAAAAAACUAUACUUUUGUUUAAAAGGACAUGUGUACAUUUUCACCUCCAAAACAUUCCUGAAGGCUUUGAGCAUUUAAUGGAAAGUGUAUUGUCAGGAAAAAAUACAAAUUACAACUAAGGCUGCCUCUUUAAAAACACACACACAAUCAGUACCCUGUAAAAUAGAGGGACUAUCUCCCAACUGGCUCUUCUGGAACUAGUCAUAUUGUGACUAGAAAGCCGGGCAUGGUGGUGCAUGCCUUUAAUCCCAGUACUCGGGAGGCAGAGGUAGGAGGAUCGCCAUGAGUUCAUCAAGGCCAACCUGAUACUACAGAGUGAAUUCCAGGUCAGCCUGGGCUAGAGUGAGACCCUACCUCAAAAAACAAAAUGUGUGUGUGUGUGUGUGUGUGUGUGUAUGGUUAGAAGAUGACCCUGAAGCCCACAAAUGCAUGGUUUUGAUUGUCUCUCAGGUGCCUCUGUUUGCCCUGCCUUCAUUUUUGCCUUUUAUUAGUAUAUUGAGCAACAAGCACUGUCUCCACCACUUUAAUUAAGCCUGCUGCCUCUAUGCGUUUGCUCCAGCUUGCUGCUCCUCUAUAUCUGCACCUGAGAUGUAAUUCUCUGGAAAGUACCAUGAUAUUUUGGACAUAUGGUCCAAGUGCCUGUGGCAGUUGUAGAACUCAUAGCCUUAGGAACAGCUGUCCAGAUUGGGCCAAGCUAUAUAUUCAUUCGUUCAUUUAUUGAAACAAGUUCUCACUAUGUAGUACAGGCUGGCUUUGAAUUUUCAGUCCUCCUUCCUCAGCUUUCUGAGUGCUGGAAUGACAGGCAUGUGCCAUGACACUUAGCUUUGUGACAAACAUUAUGACAAGUGGUGGGAAAGUAGGAGAGAGGACUUCUGUCCUGCUCCAUGGAGCUUUUGCAAACUGGUAGUAGUGCAAUCAGAUUCAAGCCAGAACUUCUGUGGACUGGAGAACCCAGAAGCAGAAGCCCUUUCAGCAGGACACAGGCCAGGGUCCAGUGCUUUCUACCAUCUGUGUCUGUCAGCCUUGUUCAGAGUCCUGGUAUGAGCCUCUGGAUGCCCAAGGGUACCAAAACUACUGAGUCAGAUGGGCUCAGUCUGGUGGGGUAGCAGAAAUGUAACAUUGGUGACAGAGGAAUCCCCUUGAACCUUGGAGAGACAGCAGGAAUCACUUGAGAACACGUCCCUAGCACAGACAAAACUCACUGUCAGUUGUGGGAGAGCACCUACACACUGCACUUGUCUGCAGUCCUGAAACCUGCUGCACAGACACACCUCCUCUGACUCCUAGGAAUGCUGACAUUUUAUGCACAUUCAUCUCAGCCAUGGGCUUCUCCAACCUUGCUCUUUUCACUUUUCUUGCUGCAAAUUUAACAUAUUGCUACCUUCUUAGUUAGUCUGUCAGUUUUUUGUGAUUUUUAAAUUAUCCUCCUUGGAAGUCCGGAGGGUUUUACUUUUAAUUUCUAUCUACUCAUCUGCUUAUACUUAUUAGUAAGUUCGGGUCAAAUAGGAGGUUCUAAAACUUGAAGCAGAAAAACUACAAGCUUAAAAGAUCAAGUAUGCGAUAAUUUCUAAUUAGCAAUAUCUUACUCCGCUCCAUCUCACCCUAUUAUACCACAUGUCGCAAGCAUAACAUGUUUGUGGUGAGGUGUGCCCUCAUGGCAAGAGGUUCACGUGCCACCUGUAGUGAGUGGGGAGGUGUGGCAGGCUUGAGGAGUGAGCAUAGCACUCUGGCAAAGGCCCCGUUUGUUUCAUGCUAGAUGCCCUCAGCACAAGGCAUUUGGAAUGGGAAUGGGACUGUGCCAGGAACCUCAAGGUGCUUAGUUAAGCCUUACUCAUGAAAGAACAGCAACCUGUUUUCACUCAAUUCUCUAUUUCCCCAUUGGCAAUGUGGCUUUAGUGGUCUUGCCCUGUCAUCCCCCUCCCUACACACAGGUAGACAUAGGCAGUACAGACAGUGUACCAUUGAGGGUUAUAUGUCCUUACCCUUCCCUGAGUUCCAUGACCCUGCUCUGUGCAGAAUGCCAGCAGAGCUAGGCAAGGCAUGGGCAUCAUUAAGACCAUCAGGUCUGCCAGAGGUAGAGGCAGAGAAAUUUGCUUUGGGGUCUUGUCUUGGCUAGGCAGGAAGUUGAGAUGAAUGUGCAAUGGGUGUGAAAACAGAGAAUGGUAGCCUGAGGCGUCCUCCUUUCUUUUUGACUUUGACUUCAAUGUGUAGAAGAUUCAAGAACAGUAACAACACCAAAAAUAAUCAGAUGAUGUUUCACCAUCAUAUAAGCUCAGCUGCCUCUGAGACAAAAUGAGCAAGAAGGCUAACUCAACAUUAAAAUGAUAAAAGAAGAGGGAAGCAUGUGUGUGGGGAGAGCACCAGAAUGAAGUCAGACAUGCAGCUGGAGUCACUGCAGGUGUGGGGUCUCAACCAAGCCCCAGUUUGCAUCGCUAUCCUCCUGCAGUCCGCAUGUGAAGACAGGUGUUCUGAGCAAGAGCCUUUCCAUUCUCUCCACACUGAACAAGGCCAUGGUUUUGUGAGUUGCCAUCCUAACCCUGGCAUUUUUAUCCACUCUUAAGAGAAGUUAUUUCAAGUUUCAGUCUAAACACUUGACAGAUGGCUUCUUUGUUGAGGAAAUGUUAGUUACCUACUAUAAAACUACUACUUUUUUAAAGUUUUUUU